GUGGGCUGGCGGGCGGCCGGGUGGCGGCGGCGGCAUGGCGGAGCCAAGCGGGGCCGAGACGAGGCCCCCCAUUCGGGUAACCGUCAAGACCCCCAAGGACAAGGAGGAAAUUGUGAUCUGCGAUCGAGCCUCGGUCAAGGAGUUCAAAGAGGAAAUCUCCCGGAGGUUUAAGGCUCAGCAGGAUCAGCUGGUCCUGAUCUUCGCAGGCAAGAUCCUCAAGGAUGGGGACACCCUGAACCAGCAUGGGAUCAAGGACGGGCUCACUGUCCAUCUGGUUAUCAAGACCCCUCAGAAGGCUCAAGAUCAAGCUGCUGCCACUGCUUCUUCCCCCUCCACUCCUGACCCUGCCUCAGCACCCUCUACCACGCCUGCUUCACCCGCCACCCCUGCCCAGCCCUCCACCUCUGGCAGUGCCACUUCGGAUGCUGGCAGUGGAAGCCGGAGGAGCAGUGGGGGGGGUCCCUCCCCAGGGGUUGGGGAAGGACCCCCCAGUGCUACUGCAUCUAUACUUUCUGGCUUUGGGGGUAUCCUGGGGCUGGGCAGCCUGGGCCUGGGCUCUGCCAACUUCAUGGAGCUGCAGCAGCAAAUGCAGAGACAGCUGAUGUCCAAUCCUGAGAUGCUGUCGCAGAUCAUGGAGAACCCCCUGGUCCAAGAUAUGAUGUCUAACCCUGACCUGAUGCGCCACAUGAUCAUGGCCAACCCCCAGAUGCAGCAACUGAUGGAGCGGAACCCUGAGAUCAGCCACAUGCUCAACAACCCUGAGCUCAUGAGGCAGACAAUGGAGCUUGCUCGGAAUCCAGCCAUGAUGCAAGAGAUGAUGCGGAACCAGGACCGGGCCCUGAGCAACCUCGAGAGCAUCCCCGGAGGGUAUAAUGCCCUCCGCCGCAUGUACACGGACAUCCAGGAGCCCAUGUUCAGUGCUGCCCGGGAACAGUUUGGCAACAAUCCCUUCUCUUCCCUGGCCGGGAACUCCGACAGCUCGUCCUCCCAGCCUCUGCGGACUGAGAAUCGAGAGCCCCUCCCUAACCCCUGGAGCCCCUCGCCCCCCACCUCCCAGGCCCCCGGGUCCGGUGGGGAGGGCACCGGAGGAUCGGGGACCAGCCAGGUGCACCCGACAGUCUCGAACCCCUUUGGGAUCAAUGCGGCUAGCCUGGGGUCAGGGAUGUUCAACAGCCCAGAAAUGCAGGCCCUCCUCCAGCAGAUCUCUGAGAACCCCCAGCUGAUGCAGAAUGUGAUCUCAGCCCCCUACAUGCGCAGCAUGAUGCAGACACUUGCCCAGAACCCUGACUUUGCUGCUCAGAUGAUGGUGAAUGUGCCGCUCUUUGCGGGGAACCCUCAACUUCAGGAGCAGCUCCGCCUGCAGCUCCCCGUCUUCCUACAGCAGAUGCAGAACCCAGAGUCGCUCUCCAUCCUUACUAAUCCCCGUGCCAUGCAGGCGUUGCUGCAGAUCCAGCAGGGAUUACAGACCUUGCAGACUGAGGCUCCCGGGCUAGUGCCCAGCCUUGGCUCCUUUGGGUUGUCCCGGACUCCAGCAUCCUCGGCAGGCAGCAAUGCCGGGUCUGCACCUGAGGCCCCCACUUCUACACCAGCCAUGCCAGCCACAUCUUCUCCAACAGGGGCCUCCAGUGCUCAGCAACAGCUUAUGCAGCAGAUGAUCCAGCUUUUGGCUGGAAGUGGAAACUCACAGGUGCAGACGCCAGAAGUGAGAUUUCAGCAGCAACUGGAGCAGCUCAACUCCAUGGGCUUCAUCAAUCGUGAGGCCAACCUGCAGGCUCUGAUUGCCACAGGAGGGGAUAUCAAUGCAGCUAUUGAGAGACUUCUGGGCUCCCAGCUCUCCUAAUCCAUUAGCCCAUGCCUCCUGCCUCUCCCCUCCCUGGAUGCCAGCAUUUGGUUCCUCUGUUAACCCCUACCCUCUGCGGUUUGUCAUCCCUUCUGUUUUCUCCCUUGUCCUCUCCAAACAGCAGGGUGACUUCAGAGGCAUGGGCUCCAACCCUAUAGCUCUGUCUGAGAAUUUUGGUUUUACUGCUACAUCUCUUACAGAAUCUUCUCUCCUAGUUCUCCUUGAGCAGAGUUACUGAAACAGUUUUCACAGUUUUGUUGAUUGGGCCCACUUUGCCCUACAACCACCUUUUGCAAUCCUUAAGCUUCCCAGUGGCAGUGCAGAGUCAAAGGAGGAAUCAGCUGUCUGGUUUACUGGAACAGAGUCUUCCAUCUGUACCAGUAGGGUUUUCCUUGUCUUAUGUUUACUUUUACUUACUCUCUCUUCUUUCUCUUCCCCCAGCCCUUCACACACGCAGGCCAACCAAUGUAGAAUAUCAUACUCUCAGGAGGGGUAGGUGAAACAUGCCGUGAUUUUCCUCCUCUACCCCUACUCUGGUCACUUCAUCCAGCACCUUUUCAUGGGUUCUGUUGGGACUUCCAGGGUGAGGAGGAAGAUGCCUAUUCCCCCUGUCUAGACAUGAAUUAACAAGCCCUGGACCGGCCCGAUGGACACUGGCAUGGAAAAGGAGAGAAUAAUAUUUUUUGGAGGAAUGGAAUGGGGGAGACAGCCUAAGUAAAAGGCUUGGAAGUUGGAAUUAACAGUUGGGGAGUGGAAGCACUGAUAGCUCUUUAGACAGGAAUAUCCAGGCCCAGGCCUGGCAGAGGAGACCUAGAGAUGCUAAUGGCAUUUGAAUUGAAGUAAGUUGAUCAAUGAAGCUAAGCAGUAUCACCCACAAGAGUCAUAAUGGCUCUGUUCCCUCAAACACACAUGCUUACACACACACACACACACACACACACACACACACGCACACACGCACACGCACACACACUUUCCUAUGAGCCCAGGACUUGCCCGUGUCCCCAGGCACCAGUAAUUUGUGCCCCCCUCAAAAGACAUGAAGGGAAUUGGGGUCUGUCUCACCAGUGGGGAAGUGUGUAUGUGUGCAUACACAUGUGCACGCACAUGUGAGUUGGGCACGGCAUGGGUUCUUUGUUGAUUUCUGGUCCAGAGAUCUCUCCCACCAGAUACAAGUAGGUAAAAGAGUCAGUCUUCGGCAGAAAUAUGUACAUCUAAGAGAACGGGGUCCCUUGGGCCUCUGGAUGCUGAGUAACCCAAAGGUAGUGUGGAUACCCCUCUGAAGCUGUCAGGGCUGUGACCUUAUCACCCUUCACUGCUUUGGGUGAAUAUUAGAAGUGUUUUUCCCUCUAGAGCCACAGGCCUUUGGCAUCCUGACCCUUGCCCUUUCAGUACUUCAGGCCAGAAAGUUCUAUUUCUGAGGAAGGAGAGGAGUGAGUGGCAAUGAUGCCUUUGAUCUGGAAUUGGAUAUUGUUCUACUGGAAUCAGAGGAGGCUCAUAUUACUUCCUUUCUCUGCUACUUGGCCCAGCUGUUUAGAGGACUCCAUGGCUGAGAAUAUGGAGACAAGAGGAACAGAAUUUUGCUCCAAGUGUAAAAGGGUUCCAAGCAGUGCAGAGAGGAUGUCUGAAUGGCUUUCCCUCCCUGCCUCCCCCAACUCCCACACUGGCCUUUGUAAAUAAACGGUGUGGUCUUGGU